CCCAGAUACCGAUCACUAUUUAAACGGGCUGAUGCAACGACUUUUAGUCUAAAACAGUCAGCACGAUUAACAAGUUGGGGUCACAUUAUAUAACCACGGAUUUUGGAUCCAUACAGUGUCCAAAAUAUAUUGCAUCACCAUUGGUAGAAGAGGAUCGCAGUUCAAUUAAACUGUGGUGCACGGUGGCUGGGUCUGACAUGAUGCCCGGCCAGAUCCCUGACCCCUCCCUGACGGCUGGAUCCUUGCCGAGCCUUGGUCCGCUGGCGGGCAUCUCUGCCACAACACUCACCGAUCAGCUCAAACUGGCACAGGAUUUCCGGAACCUGGGUGCCAUGUUGUCGCCUCUGCACUUCCUGGGACGGCUAGGCAAGAGGCCACUUACUGCUAUUAAGGGAGAGAUGGACGAGGAUGAGGAGAGGCGGAAACGUAGGAGGGACAAAAAUAAAGUGGCAGCAGCACGAUGUCGGAACAAGAAGAAGGAGAGAACGGACUUCCUUCAAAGGGAGUCGGAGCGCCUGGAGGUGGUGAAUUCUGAGCUGAAGGCCCAGAUAGAAGAACUGAGGAUGGAGAGGCAGCAGCUGAUGGUGAUGCUGAACCUCCACCGUCCCACCUGCAUCGUGCGCACCGACAGCGUCAAGACGCCCGAGAGCGAGGCCGACCCUCUGCUCGAACACUUGGCAGCUGAAAAACUGUCCGCCUCCAAGUGAAAACACGGACGGAAAGUUAAACCAAAAUGUGGGCAGGAAGGUUACCGCCAAAAAAAACAACUGUCCUCACCAUGAAUAGUGGACAUUUUGAACAAUUUAAAAACGCUGCAGUUUUUCUGUUGAGCACUGAGCUGGAGACUUUUGGAGACUCUUGACCCUCUCUGAGAACCUGUUAGGGUUCAUCUCUAACGCCUCAGAAGCUGAGGGAAGGAACUGUAGCAGAAGCCAUGUUAUCUCUGCAUCAUGAACCCAGUCAGUGCCUCGGUUACCUUACUGCAGCCAACCAGCCUUAAAAUACUGGACAGAGGAAGAAACUAUGCAACCAUGACAUGAGGUCAAGGAGGAAACACUAAGAUCAGUCGUUACGGUGCUUUUUACUGGUACUGAGACAAACCAAGGCCUUGUUGUUUUGAUAUCCUGAACAUGUAUAUGAUUCGCUGGGGUCAAGGCACCUGGUGCCGCCAACGUACUGUACACCGUGUUGAAACAUGUCGGUCGACUGGUAAUCUAGGAUCUGUCUAUUACAUGCAUUCAAUGUAUACCAAGUUGGAACAUCAAUUUUUGUAUUUUAUAUUAUAUAUUUUUUUUAUAUACUCUGCCCUGACGAUGGCAGCAUCCGGUUGAUCCGACAUGUGGUGACGCUGGCGUCAAAAAUAAAAGCACAUAUAAUCUUUAUGAAAUGUUUACACUCCUGUUAUAAAUGGACUUGUUACUGCAAGGUCUUUUUUUAUUUGUUUUGUACCGCUUUAUAUAUGAAUGACAUUAUGCCCUGUUUGUUGUAAUCACUUGAGGUGAUUUUGAGUUUUACAUCUCAGUCAGUCUGUCAAGUUCGAUUGUUCAAAAAUAAUAUUGCGCUGAGGAAAUAAAACAAUAUUUCUCUACAGCUGAGCAAUAUCUCCCAAUGACUUCAUAUUUCACAUACUGGACCAACCUUUACACAUUUCAUUCUAAACCUUUGAGCAUAGUUAUGCCCCAAAAAUUAUAGAUGUACCAGACAUUUGUUGAUGAAUGUAUUUGGCAUUGCUCAGGUAUUUGAGGAUGUUGCAUUGAAGCCAGAAAAUUCAGGAAGAGAACUGUGAUA